GCCUGCCUCAGGGAUGGAGGCCAACUAGUCAGCGUUGAGUCUGAAGAUGAACAGAGGUUGAUAGAAAAAUUCAUUGAAAACCUCUUGGCUUCUGAUGGUGACUUCUGGAUUGGUCUCCGAAGGCGUGAGGAGAAAUUGGGCAACAAUAGCACAGCCUGCCCAGAUCUAUAUACAUGGACAGAUGGCAGCACAUCCACAUUUCGGUAAGACUGCCCUGCCUAGUUUUGAUUCUAAGAAAGAAGGCAAGGGUGAUAAAAUAGAACCAGUAACUCCAACAUCUCCUGAAAGAUAUUUGAAAGAAGAUACUAAUGGAACAGUUAAAGAAACCAAAGGGGCGGAUUUGAAUCUUGCCUACAUCCUUAUUCCCACCAUUCCCCUCUUCCUUCUUCUGGUGGUCACCACAGUCAUCUGUUGGUUAUGGAUCUGUGGAAGAAGGAAACGAGAACAGGCGGAGAGCGCGAAGGAGCCGAACAUUUGGCCGCCUCCCCAUCGAAGGAACAGUCCCGACCUGGAAGUUUACAAUGUCAUCAGAAAGCAAAGCGAAGCCGACUUAACCGAGCCUCGGCCAGACCUGCAGAACAUUUCGUUCCGGGGCCGCUCGGGAGGAGCCGCUCCCAACGACUUGUCUUGCGACUACGACAACGUAGUGGUGAGCGCCCCGGAGAGCGGCUUGGUGACUCUGGCGAGCAUGGAAAGCGGCUUUGUGGCCAACGAUAUCUAUGAACUAUCUCCCGAGAGGAUGGGGAGGAACAAGGAGUCUGGCUGGGUAGAAAAUGAAAUCUACGGUUAUUAGAUAAUGGGGGAAAGGCCGAACAACAAAAAUAAAAAAGAAAGAGAGAAAGACAAUGUUCCUACUUUCUAUAAAACUGGCAGGACUGGAAAAGAGCCGAUGCCUGAACACGUGUCUCACUGAUAGGGGGACUCCCUCCAGCCCUGAAGAUCUCUCCUUAGCUGGGCUUGUCCUUCUCCUCGCUCCGCUCUGCCACAGGGGGGUCCCCCCAACACGGCAGGAACCUUGCUCUGGUUCUCUUGGCGUGGUGAGGAUAGCAACAGAGCAUGCAAACUGCACACGGGUGACACAGCUCUUACCAUGUGGCCAGCCAUCUUUUGUUUUUGUUUUUUUUUCAUCAUAUAUUUCUCUGAUGACAUCUUUUGCACCGCUCUCCCCGCACAACGACCUAUUUGUCCAGAUUGCUCAUGCCCAUACUGUGUAUUUCUCCCCUCCUCUUUUGGGUGAUCUGAAACUUGGAUGUUUUGGAGACUUUACACAGUAUUCCAUAACUCACAGCCAUAUAAGUACCACAAGGGGAAUGCCGGUGUUUAAAAAGGUGGGCCUUUGUUUCAGGGAAAAGCUCAGGGUCAAUUAAAAGAAGAGUAUAAUUUUCCAAAGGUAAUCCAACCCAGUCACCUCCCCUCAUAGGCCCAGCUCAUUUUCCAUUUGCAUUGUUUGUCCAAGAUACAUCUACUUAUGGGUGACUUCUGUGAACUGUCCAUCCACAGGUUAUCACAAUUCAGACAAAGGGUGAUUUUUAUCGGCUGGGUUUUUCCUGUAUGGGCAGUUAAGUCACAGGCUUUUGAAUGAAAGCAUUGUAGACCUUGAUGAUAUUAUCAGAAUGAAGCCCCUAAAUGCAAGCAUCUUAUCAUCUAAAAAGAAUCCCUUUUCAAUUUGGAUGCUGUGCUAAAUAUCCUCCAUGGAGGUGGCAAAUACCUUUGGCACCUGGCUCAUGCUUUGCUUGAUAUAAAUUGGAGAGUCACUGAAUAAUGUUAUUUCUGUUAUUACAAAUUUCAAGGAAUCUUGGAUGAUUUUGACAAAUGCAUGGUGCCUAGCAUGAUGAAAAUCAGUUCAGAUACAGAAAUAAUGAGGGGAUUUCUUUCUGGUUGUCAAGAUUUUUUUUAGCUCCUCUGAUCCCAGGGUCUCCUACCAGCCUGGGUCCCAACCUCGUCUUAAUCAGAGGGUAGAAUUGAUAGUGAAAGAGAGUAGAGGUUGGAAAUUUUCCUUCUGGGUUCUAUUUUUGUGGCACUAGGCCAUGGCACAAAAAUUAAUUGCACGUAUACAAUCACGAAAAUACCUUACAUUCGCUUGCUGCCUUUCUUAUGUUCCCCAGGGCAUAUGUGGGAGUAUCAGAACCUGGUUGUAUGAGAGAAUAUUCCAUUAUCUGUAUGUCUCACAAGAAUGAGAAUGAAAUAAAAGGUGAAAGAGA